CACUUGCCUUUUGUAUGGAGGGAACCAGAGAAACAAUCCACUCUCUCUCUGUUUGGAAAAAAGUACUUAAAGAGGGGGAUCAAAAAAAGAGCCUGGGAGACCGGAGCUUCCAGGUGCUUUGCCCCUAGUUAAAAGCCCUGUAAGAAGGACCUCUCCCUGCCUGGAGUCAGUGAAGUUGAGUACCCUGCCUCUCACACUUACUCUCUCCCUCUCCCUCUCCCUCUCUCUCCCUCCUACUUUCCACCCUGUGAGAGUGCACAGAGAUUCAGAAGGUGCGUCUGAAGCCUACUUGUAUCCAGCUUGGAGACAACACUACGAGGACUUUUUCCCUUUCACUGCGAAAGCAUAUGGACUUAAUUUUCGCUAGAGACAGAAAUAAGAACAAAUACCAGACUGGCACCUGCCAUUGACAACAAGAACUUUCCAUAUAUUUUUGUUCUUUUUUCUGUGCGUAUGCAAACGAUAUUUGACUGUGAACAAGUGCCAAGACAUUCCCAAGACUUCCUUGUCUGUUUGGUUCCUGGCACAUCUUUGUUACUUCUCAAGAGAUGACAGUCUGAAGAAGAGACCCAGAAAAGAAACCACCUGCCGAUAUUACCUGCCGAAGAAAUUGAGGUUCCCCUGAGAUUCUUCCUCAAGCUGAAGGGUGAGUUUUCAGUUUGGAAACUCGUAACCCCAAGGAUCAUUGACAAUGCUGGCACUGCCCUUUGUCCUGCUAACACUGGUGAAUCAUGUCCUGGGUGGAGGUUACGCCCCCAUGCCUCAGAUGAAAUACGUGCAGCCCAUGAUGAAGGGACCUGUUGGGCCACCAUUCAGAGAAGGAAAGGGCCAGUAUCUUGAGUUUCCACCAAUGAUGGACAUAAAAGGGGAGCCAGGUCCUCAAGGGAAGCCUGGACCAAGGGGAUCUCCUGGGCCUCCUGGACUACCAGGGAAACCAGGUUUAGGAAAGCCCGGUCUCAACGGUCCACCAGGUCCUCAGGGGCCAGCAGGAUUCCCUGGAAUUGGAAAGCCAGGAUUACCAGGUUUACCAGGAAAAGUAGGUCCUAAAGGACCUCCAGGAGUCAAUGGCGAGGCCGGACCUCGUGGAGAGCCAGGUCCACGGGGACUGCAAGGUCAGCCAGGCCAGCCUGGGCCAGCAGGUCUGUCAUUGAAUGGUAAACCAGGGUUACCUGGGAAUAGAGGCCCUCCAGGGUCAAGAGGUGAACCAGGGCAGAAAGGAGGACGUGGGCUUCCUGGAGAACAGGGACUCAAAGGGGAAAAUGGCAAUGGAAAGCCAGGUCUACCAGGCCCCAGGGGGCCAAAUGGCUUUCAAGGACCUCCAGGAGCUCCAGGUGCCCCUGGGUUGGGUAAACCGGGGCUUGAUGGGCUACCUGGGCCAUCUGGGCCAAAGGGAAAUCAAGGAGCACCAGGGGACCAAGGUGUCCCGGGGGAAGCAGGUCCUCCUGGGCUACAAGGACAGCCAGGCCCACCUGGUUUGGGAAAGAAUGGGCUUGAUGGUAUUCCUGGUAAUCCUGGAUUGAUAGGCCCAAAGGGUGAGGCUGGCCUCAGAGGAGCACCUGGCUUUCCUGGACCUCCAGGUUAUGGUAAACCAGGGCUUUUAGGACAGAAAGGAGACAGAGGUCCUCCUGGAUUACAAGGAGCCCAUGGUGACAAAGGAGAACCUGGGAUGGAAGGUCUACCAGGAGAUAUGGGGCCAACUGGACAGCCAGGGCUUCCAGGACCACAAGGCCCUAUAGGUCUUCCAGGGAAACAUGGUAUGUCUGGUCUGAAGGGAGAGAUUGGCCCCCAAGGGCCUCCAGGCUUGCCAGGAUUAAGAGGAGAUCAGGGUCCCAGUGGGCUAGCAGGAAAGCCAGGCCUCCCAGGGGAUAAGGGCCCUCCGGGUCUUAAUGGUCCAAUGGGCAAAACUGGGCCUAAAGGUGAAGCAGGUCACAUUGGUUUACCAGGAAAUCCUGGUUUAAUUGGAGCAUCAGGUUCAAAGGGUGAGAAUGGGAUCCCAGGACCCCCUGGGCCACGGGGCACAUCAGGGAUUCCUGGACUUCCAGGCCCCACUGGUCAUAUGGGACCACAGGGUAUUCCAGGGUUGAAAGGUGAACAAGGUCCACCAGGGUCCCAAGGAAUAGGAAAGCCUGGAGACAAGGGGAUGCCUGGUCCACAAGGACCUCCAGGAAAACCUGGCACUCCUGGACUUAAUGGUAUGCAAGGCCCUCCAGGUCCACCUGGACCUCCUGGGCCCCCUGGCCCAUCUAACGGUGAUAUAAAGCAGUUAGCAGUUCAAGGGCCAAGUAUUGGCGGGGAAUCAGUUCCGAAGCCAAAUGGUGAGAAACCACAAUUUGGUCAGGCUGAGCUCUCGGCCUCGGUGGCCCCUGCUUUUACUGCCAUUUUGACUACACCAUUUCCACCAUCUGGUAUGCCUAUCAAAUUUGACAGGACUCUGUACAAUGGGCAAAAUGCUUACAACCCUGCCACUGGCAUCUUCACAAGCCCACUGCCUGGAGUCUACUAUUUUGCUUAUCAUGUACAUGUAAAAGGAACCAGCCUGUGGGUGGCACUGUACAAAAACAAUGUGCCAGCCACAUACACCUAUGAUGAAUACAAGAAGGGCUAUAUGGACCAGGCAUCAGGUAGUGCAGUACUCGAGCUGAAGGAGAAUGACCAGGUAUGGGUGCAGAUGCCCUCUGACCAAGCAAAUGGGCUCUACUCCACUGAGUACAUCCAUUCAUCCUUCUCAGGGUUCCUCCUGUGCCCCACAUAACGGUCCAUCCUGCAAAAUCCUUGCACAAGUGCCCUGCAGUAACAUCUAUAAUAACAGCAACUAGUUGACAGGAAAGACUUACUGAACGACAGAGAGGCCGAGUUCAAUGCAGAGGAUGGAGAAUUUAUGCUCUCUCUUUCAAAUGUCUUAUUUGAUCAUUGUUUUACUUUUAAUUGUUGUUAUUUUCUGCCUAUAUUAUAAUUUUAUUAUAACUGUUAUAUUAUUUUUGUUGAUAUUGUUAUAAUGGUGUUAUUUUAUUGAUGUUGUUGUAGUUGUUGUUGUUUAUUGGAAUCAGACUAUUAAGUACAUUGUAACCAUUUUAAGAUGUACCCAUGUGACUGCACACUUUGCCAAAUGUUCUGACUCCCUUUGAGUUUCAUCAUGUUGACACUGGGGCGGCGUGUUCCCCUGGUUGCAGUCAAAUUUGGUUGAAACAACAUUCUAUGUCCCUCGGAUACACAGCUAGGCUACUUUAUCAAUGCCACAUUUUACAUUUUAGAAUGCAGACAUUUCACACAAACAUUGUUUGUAUUCAGUAAAUACAUGUAAUUUAAAGAAUAAUCCUCAGUUCCAUAUUGUUUUUCUUAUUAAUGCUAGACCGGUGAAUCUGCUUAGUCAUUAGGGAUACAGUAUAUUUUGUUAGAUUUACUGUGUUAAAGCAGCAAUUGUGUAUUAAUCUGUCUGUUCCUGUGACAACUACAUGGAGAACAUUGUGUCUGAGAGUCUUUAAGAAGAAAAUUACUUUAUGAUUUUAAGAGUUCAUUUUUGGAUAUGUGCCAGGUUUAAAUCCAUAGUGAUCCUGAAGGCCUCAAGAGGACUGCUGUACAACAGUGCCUGUAAUAACAAAACAAAUAUGUAAUUUCUGUUACUCUAAUUCCAUACUCUUAAAAUCAAAACUUGCCAAAGCUGAUGUUCAGUGGUUAGCUUUUCAUCAAAAUCCUAGUAUAGCCUACAGUAUGUUGGUGAGUAAUGGACUACUAAUGGGUUGAGAGUAUGAAGACAGCAUCUGAUUUCUUUCAACAAAUCAAUUCUCUCAUAUUUUUCCUCAUUGCUGCUUUUACAACGGCACUCAUAUGAUCUUGACUUUUUCUUCAGUGAAGUGAAAUGUUUUGUGCCUUACUGACAAGUAACAUUUGGUAUAAAACUAAGAGACAUUUCAUGCUAUUAGCUGGAGUCUCAGCUCUGUUGCAUUUAGAAACUGUUUGUUUCCUGCAUAGAUUGACUUCUUAUUUACAUUUAACUGAUUUUUUUUACAUGCUUUUGAAAUAGACUUACACUGCCUGGAUUGUCACCGACAUGACUGACACCAGCAUGAUCGCAAUGUCACCUAACCUCUUGAAAAGUGACAAAAUAUGAUACAUUUAUGAGGCGGCUGAAUUUGGAUUCAUCAUACUUUGAUAGCAUCCCUCUGAUGGCUUUUUAAAAAAAAAAAAAAAAAAAAAAGUU